AUGGCGUCCAGGGACGGGGAGAGCAUCCAGAUGGCGACGGGGGUACUGGACGACGGGUCUCCGGGAGCGUUUGAGGCUCAAGAUGGGACGCCGUGCUCCGUCUUGUUAAGCAUGCCGGUCUCGCCGUCGGGGCUCCACCUCCCACAGUGCCGUCUCGAGCGGCAGCUCUCCAUCCUCCGUGGGGUGGUGCCGCCGGCGGACGACAUUGAGUGCGACGCCACGGCCAUGAUUUCCAUGGAGUGCAACACCGAAGAGGACAAUGACGACAUCCCCUCUGCCGACCGCUACUUCGCCGCCCUUGAAGGCCCUGAACUUGAGACCCUUCGGUCAACAGAGGUGGCGGUGCUGCCCAACGACGAGCCCUGGCCGUUCCUCCUCCGGUUCCCGAUCAGUGCGUUCGGAAUGUGCCUGGGCGUGAGCAGCCAGGCAAUGUUGUGGAAGACUCUUUCGUCAGAGCACUCCACGGGUUUCCUCGGCGUGCACCCCGCCGUCAACCACGUCCUCUGGUGGGCCUCCGUCGCCCUCACCGCCAUUGUAUCCACCACCUACCUCCUCAAGCUUCUGUUCUACUUCGAGGCCGUCCGCCGCGAGUUCCACCAUCCGGUCCGCGUCAACUUCUUUUUUGCGCCAUGGAUCACUUGCCUCUUCCUCGUCAAAGGUUUGCCCCGCCCAGAGAGGGAGAUCAACCACAUCGUCUGGUACAUCCUCAUGGCACCCAUCCUCUGCCUUGACCUCAAGAUCUACGGCCAAUGGAUGUCCAGCGGCGAGCGGCGGCUCUCCAAGGUGGCCAACCCGUCGAACCACCUCGCCGUCGUUGGCAACUUUGUGGGAGCACUACUCGGAGCCAAGAUGGGCCUCCGUGAGUUGCCCAUCUUUUUCUUUGCCGUCGGGCUCGCUCACUACCUCGUGCUCUUUGUUACCCUCUACCAGAGGCUUCCCACCAACGUGCAGCUCCCCAAGGAGCUCCAUCCAAUCUUCUUCUUCUUUGUCAGCGUACCGAGUGUCGCCUCUAUGGCCUGGGCGACGAUCUCCGGCGAGUUCAGCCACAGCUCGAAGCUUCUUUACUUCGUCUCACUAUUCCUCUACGGAUCCUUGGUGGUACGCAUCAACCUGUUCAGGGGGAUUCGCUUCUCAUUGACGUGGUGGGCCUACACGUUUCCUCUAACGAGCGCCGCGUUGGCCACUGUGUUGUAUGCAUCGGAGGCGGACAACAUGCUGACCCGAGCAUUGGCGGUCGGGCUGGCGGGGAUCGCCACGGUCACGGUCAUUGGAGUCAUGGUCAGCACCAUAUACCAUGCCUUCGUGAGUAAGGACCUCUUCCCCAACGAUGUGUCCAUCGCCAUCACGACGCGGAGGUCCAAGUUCAACCACAUCCUUGCACAUCUCCGCUCGUCCAGCCCCGAUGGGGGCGCCAUUUAG